AUGACCUCACACGAAAGGUCACCUUCCAUGGUGACAGGCAACGAGGACACGAGUUACUUUUUCAGUUCCGACCCGCCGCUGGAGCCUACGGUCGCUGGCGCCGGCCUUCCGGACAGCAACGAUCGAGGAGUCGCAGGCAUCGACGAAAACAACCAAAACGGCCUCGUGUUUUGUAAAGGCCGAAAUGAGAACGGAUGCCCUAUCAUUACGGUGUACAAACCCGUGAUGACAACUGCAUUCACCAUCUCGGUACCAAACAAUAGCCUAGGGGUUGCGAGUGACGUCUUGACGGCGUUCACUCAGAAGGCCGUUAUAGGCGCCUUGAUGUAUAGGCAAACGAUCAUCAUGCUUACGACUAGUACGAGCAUGAUUAGCGCCCCGCGGGAUACCACGAACAAGACGCCUCGAAUUCUGUGGAAGACAAUCUGGCGGGACCGCGUCAAAAGACUCGCGCCUAUGUUGAAGCUCCCGCUCGGCUCUAUAUACGAUGGGGCUGGAAAAGCAGGAUCCGGCCGUGAAACGGCCAAACAAGGCAACUACCACUCCUCGCACGUGGAGAAGAAGCUGGCGGUUUUCGCCCUGUAUACCAUGCUUAAGGCGUAUGGUAUCCGUACCGGGCGGUACGCGACUGCCGGUCAGAUAAGACAGCUCCGAGAGGCUAUACAACACGAACAACCGGGUGAACACGCCCAAUUCGACAUCCCCAUCUCGAGGAAAUACUGCUCUUUAUGCCCCGUAUUUGUCCAGCGGCUGGGUAACGUGAGCGGGAUCAAGUUCAGGUUCAAGAUCCAGCACCUUGUACAACGGCUACCUGUGCCUUCUUCCACGACGCGUACGGAUAUUCAGGUUCUUGGGACCGCGUCGGAAGUCGUCAAUAACCCUGUUGAGUAUCAUGGCGAGACUUUCACCGAUGCCGAGCUCACGGAGAAUAAUGGGUUAGUGGUGGAGACACGAUGUGAAAGAGAAGACGAUGCGCCGACUCCUCCCCCUCCAACAUCUGAGGUGGUAGAGCAAUUCUCCGAGGGGUUAAAGUCCUUCUCGUUCCAGCGCACCCGGCGAAUGAUAAAGCGCGCCCGCGAGCCGCUCUUCAAGCGGAAGCCACUACCUCCCACGGCGGAGAUUUUUACGCCUAGUACAUCACCGCAGUCGAGAGCACAGAGAAGCGACUAGUGCCAUCCGACAAGCCAGAGAGAAGAACUACGUAUUCGAGAAGAAUUGCUCUGGUCUGUACACCAUUUGCGGUCCAUGAUAGGGCGACGUGCUAAGGAAUACCACAGGUACGGGAGCUCACACAUUGGGAGCUUGGGUUUGCGAAGGCCAACGGAUGUCUUGAGGGGUCAAGAAAAGGAGGGCGCCGUUUCGUGUUCGGUGUGAUCGGGGGUGGGGGGCACCUGCACGUGGUGAAAAGUGUAUGUAAGCUUCCAAGGUAAAACUGUAUCGGCUCAGCACAGCCAAGACCGCCCUUUUGUCUGCGCUGGAGAGUCAGUGGAGUCUGAUGGUGGCUUGGGUACAACAAAGGAACAGUAUUUUGCUACCUAGGGAGAACAACUGUGUAUAAGGUAAUAAGUACCAUGG